AAAAGAUGGCCGCCCUGACGACGGUCGUGGUGGCGGCGGCGGCCACCGCCGUAGCCGGGGCUGUGGCGGGGGCGGGCGCGUCCCCGGGGACCGGCGUGGGAGCCGCGGUGCCGCAACAGAAUGAUGGCUGUCCUGGUACUUCAGGUGGAAUUCGUCCUUUUCAGCUUCAAAACUGGAAGCAGAAAGUUAGUCGAACUAAGAAAGCAGAAUUCAUACGUACAGCCGAAAAGUUUAAAAAUCAGGUUAUUAAUCUAGAAAAAGACAAACACAGUCAUUUCUACAACCAAAAAAGUGACUUCAGAAUUGAACAUAGCAUGCUGGAAGAAUUGGAAAAUAAACUGAUUAACAGCAGGAAAACGGAAAGAGCAAAAAUCCAGCAACAGUUGGCCAAAAUAUACAACAAUGUAAAGAAACUUCAGCAUCAGUUAAAAGAUGCGAAGCCUACACCUGAUUUUGUUGAAAAGCUCAGAGAAAUGAUGGAGGAAAUUGAAAAUGCAAUUAACACUUUUAAGGAAGAGCAGAGGUUGAUAUAUGAAGAGCUUAUUAAGGAAGAGAAAACAACUAGUAAUGAGGUGAGCGCUAUAUCCAGAAAACUUGACACGUGGGCUGUGGGUGAUCCAGGAGCGGAGAAGGCUCUCAGAGCAGCACCGGGCAAGCUUCCCGCGGACAGAGUCACACCGAGUGCUCUGCCGGAAGCCGUGGCGGAGUUUGAGACGUUCCUCCAGCAGACAGGAGGGCGCCAGGGGGGCUGGGACGAUUAUGACCACCAGAACUUUGUGAAGGCGAGAACCAAGCAUAAAGGGAAGCCAGCGUUCAUGGGAGAAGUUCUAGAGCACCUUCCCGGAAGAACGCAGGAUGAAGUUCAACAGCAUGAGAAAUGGUAUCAAAAGUUUCUGGCUCUAGAAGAAAGAAAAAAAGAGUCUAUUCAGCAUUGGAAAACCAAAAAGCAGCAAAAAAUGGAGGAAAUUUUCAAAUUAAAGGAAAAAGACAGCAUACAAGUACUUUCUCAUAAUAAACAGGAAGAUAAUCAAAAACAAAAAGAAGAACAAAGAAAGAAGCAAAAAUUGGCCAUUGAAGCUUGGAAAAAACAGAGAAGUAUAGAAAUGGCAAUGAAAAGCGCUUCCCAGUUAAAAGAGGAGGAAGAGAAAGAGAAGCAGCAGCAGAGAGCUCGGCAGCGCCAGUGUAAACUGAAGCUGCUGCUGGAAACCUACACCCAACAGAAGCAAGAGCAGGCAGAGUUCUUGAGACUUGAAAAGGAGACACGGGAAAAGACAGAAAAGGCAGAAAGAAGGAAAACUGCUGCUGAUGAAAUUUCCAGGUUUCAAGAAAGAGAUUUACAUAAACUUGAAUUGAAAAUUCUGAAUAGACAAUUAAAGGAAGAUGAGAAGGCAGAAAAACAAAGAAAACUGGCAAAAUUAAAAGAAAAGGUUGAAAAUAAUGUUAGUAGAGAUCCCUCUAGACUUUACAAACCUACCAAAGGUUGGGAAGAACGGACCAAAAAGAUAGGACCAGCAGGCUCUGGGCCACUUCUACAUAUCCCACAUAGGGCUAUUCCAACCUGGAGACAAGGAGUUUAGAAAAUAUGGGAUCAUGAAAUUCUCCUUCAGUUGAUGAGAAUGUUAGCAUAUGGAGUUAUAGGAGGAGAGAAUGACCAUGUCCUUAAAAUUUUAUUAGCCUCUUCAGAUUGAUUAUUGUGUUGCAUGUGAAUUGGCAGGUAUUAAGUUCUACA